CCAUACAUCCAUAGCUCCAGAGAGAGAGAGAGAGAGAGAGAGAGAGACGAGGGUACUGCUUCCACGCCUGCACCUCUUCUGUUGCUUCAACUCCAUCAACCCAUCCAGGGGAAAGGAGAGGACAAAAGGAAACCAGAGAAGAAGAGAGGAGGGGAAGAGAAGAUGAGGAAAAUAUAGGAGAGAGAAGAAGAAGGAGAUGGAGAAGUGCCCUGUGAGAUUGUAGGAAUGCAUUAAUCCCACUACAAAUAACUAUUACCUUCCUGUAGUUGGACACAUACAAACAAAACAAAUCCCCAAAAUAUAAAGCCAAAGUACUAUUCUCAAAAACCAACUCAAAGGGGAGGGGGAGGGAGAGAGAGAGAGAGAGAGAGGAGAGAAGAAGGUGGUAGGAGUUGUGAGUUGGGGGCUAGAGGGGCUUUGUAUGUGGUGGGAGAGGUAUUAGAUGAGGGGGAUGCCCUUUAGUCUCCAAGAGGAGGGGGGCUUGGAAGUCUUAAUAGAAGGGGAAGAGGAAAAGAGCCUCUUUUGGGGCAGCGGCGGCGGUUGUGGGAACAAUAAGCGGCGGAAGGGACUGCCGGAGCGGUUGGAGCCUCGGUCGGUUCUGGAUAAUAGAAGGAGCCCGAGCCCUCCAACGUCCACCUCCACCCUGUCUUCCUCUCUGGGAGGCGGCGGCGCUUCCUCCGACACCGCCGGCGUGGCGGCGGUCUCUGAAAACCCCGGUCCCCGCAAAUGGCCUGCCGCCGCCGCGUCCGUCUCCGCCGCCAACCCUUCGGCGGAGGAGGCCCGGAAGGAGGAGUGGGCGGCGGAACUCCAGGCCUUCCCAGCCGCUUCCCUUGAGGGCGGCGGCGAUAAGUGCGGCGGCGUUGGCCUCGGCGCUGUGGAGGAUUGGGAGGUGAUGUUCUCCGAAUCCGCCGCCUCCCCCGGGCAGGAGCAGACGUUCCUCCGGUGGCUCAUGGGCGACAUUGACGACCCCACCGGGCUCAAGCACCACCAGAUUCCCCCACCGGAGCUCGACGGAGGCGGCACUGCUGGUGGCGCCUUCGGCCCCGUCGAUCCAGGCUUCCGCCUUGACCCCAUCGGCAGUCUCGGCGGCGGGGGAGCGGCGGCCUCGAUCUCCGCCUCCAGUCCUUCUCCAUUGGCAUCUUCUGUUACCUCCGCCGGUGUGUUCGGCCCCAGUAGCAGCAGGAGCAGCAGCGUCGUCAAAGCUCCGACCUUUGGGGUCGCGAACCCGCCGAACUCUACUGUCUUCCCUCCGGCGCCGGCGAAUAGCCUUUCUCUGCCGCUCUCGCUGCCGCCGGGCGUCUUCUACCAGGAGCCCGUGGAGGAGAAGCCGCCCCUCUUCGGCCCGAGCCUCCUCGUAAGCCAGUACCAGCAAUCCCAGGCACCUCAGAACCCGGCGUUCUUCCUCCCCCUCCCCCAAUUCGACGCCCAGCCGCCGGCCCACCUUCUCCCGCCCCAGCCAAAGCGCCACCACCCCCUCUCCGUCGAUCAGAUGGCCCCGAAGCCCCCCUUCUCCGACUCAGCCGGCCCCGACUUCUUCCUCCGACGCGUGCAGCCCCAGCCGCAGGCCUUCCCACCGCUUAAUGUCGCUCCUUUGUACCUCCAGCAGUACCCUAAGGUGGCCUCCGGUGGCGAGGCGGCGGCGGAGCAGCUCUUCAGGGCAGCGGAGCUUGUCGAGGCCGGGAACACCGUUAGCGCCCGUGGGAUAUUGGCGCGGCUCAAUCACCAGCUAUCCUCCCCCAUGGGGAAGCCCCUCCUCCGCUCCGUCUUCUACUUCAAGGAGGCCCUCCAACUCCUCACCUCCACCGACGCUCCGCACCCCCUUCCCCCUCCCUCCCCUCUCGCCACCCCUCUCGACGUCGUCCUCAAGCUCGGCACCGUCAAGGCCUUCUCCGACGUCUCCCCUGUCCUCCAGUUCACCAACUUCACCUCCGUCCAGGCCCUCCUCGAGGAGCUCGGCACCGCCCCCCGAAUCCACGUUGUUGACUUCGACAUCGGCGUCGGCGGCCAGUGGUCCGCCUUCAUGCAGGAGCUCUCCCAGCGCCGCUGCACCGCCGCCGGCGCCUCCUCCCCUUUCUUAAAAAUCACAGCUUUCGCCUCCUGCCGCUCCCACCACCCCCUCGAGCUCCACCUCACCUGCGAGAACCUCUCCCACUUCGCCGCCAACCUCAACAUCCCCUUCGAAUUCAAUGUCCUCAGCCUGGACCCCUUCGACCCCUCGCUGCUCCUCAGCCUAUCCUCCAGCAGCGUCGACGAAGCCAUUGCCGUCAACCUCCCCAUCGGCUCCGCUGUCCACCCGCCCGCCCCGACCCUCCUCCGCCUCGUCAGGCAGCUCUCUCCGAAGAUUGUCAUCUCCGUCGACCACGGCGGCGACCGCAGCGACCUGCCCUUCGCCCGCCACUUCGCGCAUGCUUUCCAGUCCUGCACCAUCCUCCUGGACUCCAUCGAUGCGGCGGGCACCGACCUGGAGCUGGCCAACAAGAUCGAGCGCUUCCUGGUGCAGCCGAGGAUUGAGAAUGCCGUGCUGGGCCGCCACCGGACUGCCGACAAGAUGCUCCCCUGGCGGGCACUCUUCGCCUCGGCCAGCUUCGUGCCGGUGCAGUUCAGCAACUUUACCGAGACGCAGGCCGAGUGCCUCCUGAAGAGGGUGCAGGUGAGGGGAUUCCAUGUGGAGAAGCGCCAGGCGUCGCUCUCCCUCUGCUGGCAGCGAGGGGAGCUUGUCUCGGUGUCAGCUUGGAGGUGCUGAAGGAGCUCCCUUCUCACAGGCAUGUCAUCAAACUCCAAUUAGUCUCAUUAUAUCUCACUCCUAGACCAAUUGCAACUUGUGGAUCUUCUAUGGUGGCAACCUGUUUUGUUGUCGGAUUCGGUGCUGCCUUUCCUGUAAUUGCUCUUUACUCGAUUGCCAUGUGGCUUUAGAUGCAAUUCAACAGACUGGGUGGUCUGGUACAGUUUUAGUUUCGCCUUCUUGUUAUUUGCGUAGUAAUGUUUAUGGUGUGUUAUGUAUCUGAGAAGCAGUUCUUGCUUCUGCUUAAUGUGGAUGUACACUUGACCUGAAGGAUAACAAUUGGCCAAGGAGUUUAACAUCGUAGAAAAACUUGAAUUAACUUGCAAAUUGUGGAUGC